AUGGACUCCAUGAGGUCCCUCAAUACCUCUCUUCCGAGCUCGACACCCCGCCCGCAACCUCCGGAGCAACUCCUCCAGCAAUUCAAGGCGGCAGCUCUGUCCGUCACAAACCUGUACAAGAAUGCAGUAUGUGAACAAGCCCAGGCAAGGUCGGCAGGAUACCAGGACGCGAUAGAGGAUCUGCUCCACUUCCUUGACCGUGAGAACCUCGGUCUCGGAGACGGAGAGGGGUGGAAGGUUCGACAAUGGGCAACCGAAAAAUGUGACGGAACUGGAUCACAAAGCAGCGAUGAAGACGCAGAGGCCGACAAGCGUGACCGAAGUGCUACUCCGGCUACUGUCCGCAAAGAAAAACCUACACCCGAAACAAUUGCUCGUCAGCCCCCCACUUCAGCGCCCGCACCCACAUCCAAGCCAGAGUCGACCACUCCUCCUCCUCCCUCACAGCUCCACGAAACACCUUCGCUCGCCACACCUGCCAUCUUCACCUUCUCCGCUGGUCCUACAUACCCUCAGUGUCAAGAGCUCGACAUGGAUGUGCAGUCGUCGGACAACUCAUCUGCGACUAUGCAGGACGGCGCUCCUGUGAGUGUCUCAGUGAUGCCUCGCAACAGUCGACCACACCAUCGUCACAACAACCACCCACGAUCAAAUGCGCGCCCUUCGCCACGGGAGUCACCCGCUAGUCUUGGGUCCAAGAGGAAAUUCACUUUCCCAGAUUUCUUCGAUCUGUCAGGACUUAACAACGGACGGGAUGCAUCAGGAGGUGGGAAACGAGGCCGCUUUACCUAG